AUGGCGCCGUUGCCAGAGGAAAGGGUUAAUGUAUCGCCACCAUUUACCAACAUUGGAGUGGACUAUGCUGGACCACUCUAUGUUAGAGAAGUACAUGUCAGUGGAAAACAUGGAGCUGGAAGCAACAAGGCUUACAUCCUCAUAUUCACAUGUAUGGCCACCAGGGCAGUGCAUUUAGAGCUGACAGCAAAUUUGACAACAGAGGAGUUCCUACAAGCAUUGAGACGCAUGAUGAAUCGGCGUGGAAAGUGUUGUACCAUCUACUCCGAUAAUGCAAAAACAUUUGAGAGUGCAGCUUCAUUGCUUUACCGUUUGUUCCACAACAAUGCGAGAAUCAAGGAUAAACUCAGACUGGAAGGAAUCGAGUGGAAGUUCAUAACUCCUAGGGCUCCAUGGCAUGGAGGAUUUUAUGAACGACUUGUUGGAAGUGUAAAACGAGCUCUCUCAAAGAUUCUCAGAAAGGCCAGCCUGACAUUUACCGAGCUUCAGACCGUGCUCACUGAUGCAGAAGCUCAAAUCAAUUCUCGACCCUUAUCGGAUAUCUCGGCUGACAAGGAGGAUCCUCUUCCAUUAACCCCUGGUCACUUGAUCAUAGGAAGAAAUCUGCAGUUGCUGCCAUCUGUAUACAAGCCAGAGUUGUCACUUGAAAGGAGAUGGGCCUAUCAACAGAGGAUAUCCAAACAGUUUUGGAAAAGGUGGACAAGUGAAUACCUUGUGGAAUUACAGCGCCGUUCAAAAUGGACAGAGAUACGAGAUAAUCUGCAAGAGGGAGACAUCGUUCUAGUGGCGGAGGACAACAUCAGAAAACUUGGGCACUAG